GAAGUCACGUGACGGUGGAGUUCAGGGGUCAGCGGUGUGCGUCACAGCAGGGAAAGAUGGUGGAGCAGAGAGAGACCCGCGUGGUUCGCUGCGGCGGCAGUAAAAUAAGCUUCAGGGCGCCGGUCAUCACCACCGACUCCAGGUUCCUGUUGUGUGCUUCGGGAGACUCGGUGAAAGUUUUCAGCACCAGUACAGAGGAGUGUGUUCAUGUCCUGGAGGGUCACACAGAUCAGAUCAGCGGAGUCGCUUUAAACCCGGCCAACCACCUUCAGGUCUUCUCCUGUUCACUAGAUGGCACUUUUCGACUGUGGGACUUCACUGAUGGAAUCCUCAUCAAGACGUUUGUUAUUGGAUAUCCGAUAUUUUCCUUAUACGUCUCGGAGAAACAUGUCGGAGUCAUUUUCAUCGUUAUUCCCAUGGCCAAUGAGAAGAGCACCGAGUGUUUCCAGUUGGUGGCUGUACAUCUGCCCAAGACUCUGGAGCAGGAAGUGGAGGUGACGGAGCUGUCAGCGGUGUUUUCUGAUAUUUCUCCUAAGCCCAGUUCUACAGCUUUCGGCCGUGAGGGUGAAUAUCUGGCCUCUGUUAAGGGUCUGCAGCUGCACAUGUUUUUCUUCAGGAAGCAGAAGACGUUCAGGUUCUCCCUGAAGGCCACGGAUAAGAAAGGUGCCAGAAACGCCUUCACUUGUGUGGCCUGUAACCCUAAAGAUGACUGCAUCGCUACCGGACAUGAAGACGGCAAAAUCCGCCUCUGGAGAAACUUCAAUCAGAAGAAAGAGUACACGUAUUCCACUCAACACUGGCACCACGACGCCGUUAACAGCCUGUGUUUCACUCCGGAGGGUACGCACCUGCUGAGUGGAGGGGCGGAGUCUGUGCUCGUCCAAUGGCAUUGUGCCGAGGUCAAUAAGAAGGAUUUUCUCCCUCGUCUGGGCGGAGCCAUUUCUCACAUCGCCGUGUCUGCGGACGGCCAGACGUACAGCACGAGCCACUCGGACAACAAGAUCACCAUCAUCCACUGCAGCUUCAAAGUAUCAGCGGUGAUUCAGGGCCUCGUCCACGGAGACGCUAUUCACACGGAUCUGAUGAUUGAUCCACGCAGCAGAGCGCUGGUGCUGAACGGAAAACCCGGCCACCUUCAGUUUUACUCCCUUCAUCGUGACAAGCAGAUUUACAGCCUUGACAUAGUGCAGCAGGAGUACAUCUACGAGGCAGGCCUGAGCCAGUUUGACGUGGUGAAGGCAGCGUUCGACGUCCGCGGCUCGUGGUUGGCGACGGUGGAGGAGAGAAGUGGCAAAGACUCCAGUCUCGAGUUUUCUCUUAAGCUUUGGGGCUACGAUGAGAAGGCGCAAAGCUUUGAACUGAACACCACCAUAACGGCUGCCCACAAUGAUGGGAUUACAGCCAUGUGCUUCAGCCCUGCCACAGAGACCACCAUGCUGGUGACCACCGCCAAAGACGGCCAGUUUAAAGUCUGGCUGCUCGGCUCAGACUCAGACACGCAGAAGGAACAGGCCUCCUGGUCAUGUGACUUUGUGGGCAGCUACCACGGCCUGCGACCGACCAACUGCUGUUUCUCAGCUGAUGGCUCUCUGCUGGCUGUGAGCUUCGGGGAGGUGGUGACGGUGUGGAGCGUGGACACCUGGGGGCUUUUGACCACGCUGUGCCAGCCUCCGGGGGCCAUCAGGGAUCUCUGCUUUGGGCGUCUGAGCUGCUCCAGAUACCUGCUCGGCACCACCACUAAAAAUGUGCUGUGCUGCUGGAACCUCCUCACCUGCUCACUGGAAUGGAGCACGUCAAUGGAUGUGUGUAUGCUGCGGUCAGACCCUCUGUCUGAAAACAUGGCUGCAUUUUGCCACCACUCUGGAAACACUGACUUGUUUGUUUUCAAACCCAGCGAGCCGAGGCCCCUGUUUACCCAGAAGGCCGUGUGCUCAGGAAAAGUUCAGCGCUCUGUGUUCGCUCCAAGAGAUGAGCCGCUGGAUAGCUGUGACGAGAGGACGCAGUGGCUCAACAGAUCUCGCCUCUACUUCUUCACCGAGAACAUGGACUUACUGACCUUCAGCACCAGAACAGAGGAUGAGCGAAUACUGAACUCGAGGAAACAGCUGCUGGUUGAUGACAGUGUGGCGGUUACACCGUUUUACCUGUUGCUGGGGAAACACAACCCGGCGCAGGAGAAGAAGGACUCAGCUUCCAGUCAGGCCCCUGACAGAGCGCAGCUUCCUCAGGGAUCAGCUGCCAUUAAAGAGUUGCUGCACACUCCAGCUCACGUGCUUCCUGCAGCCUCAGUCCUGUGCUCAAUGUUCGUCAAAUCUCUGCUCAUCUCCAACGGGACCAGAGAAGAGAAGGAGCCCCUCGAACAGGAAGUAGAGAGAGAGAAGGAGGAAGUUGAUUCGGAGGAGGAAAUGGAAACAAGCGAGCGUAAACAGGAAGUUCGAUCUCUGGGCUCUGCCCAGGAGCCAUCUCUGCAGCUCUCUAAAGAGGAGGAAAGGGAACUGAGGAGAGUGAGAAAGACGGACUUUAGCUGGGUUUCGAGCUAUGUUAACUCUUAGUUGAACACCAACCAAGACACACACACACACACACACACACACACAAACCCCAUCCACUAUGGUUCUAAUGGUAAUAAUUAAAUGAAUGGUAAUAAAAAUGUUGCACAGAUCUUGUUUGGCAUAUAUAAAACAUUUGUGCCAUCGAUUUGAAUUUUGUAAAUAUGUUUUAUUUUGAAAUUAUGAACCUAGUUUGAAUUUAGCGCGACAGCAGGUACUGAUGCCAUCUCACAGCUCCACGGUUCAAUCCAGAGCUCGGCUUUCUGUCUGUAUGAAGUUUCACGUGUUCUCCAUGUUCACCUCUGGGUUCUCCGGUUUCCUCCUGUAAAUCCUGAAUUCACCUUGAAAUCCGAAUUUAAAACUAAUCAGAUGUACAAAAUUUGCUGCUGCACCACGGUUUAAACUCGGUCGGUGCUGUUUCAGCCAAUCAGCAUACAAGAAAUAUAAUGCUUAUGUUUGAAUGAAUUUGAAAUGCAUCGUGCUGACACAAAUUAGUAUUUUGUACAUGUGAUUAUUAUAAAAUUGACUUUAUUGAAUAUUGCUAUUCAUCAAUUCAAAUACCUGAUAUACAAUUUUAAAAUAAAGCAUAAAAAUCAGAUGAAGAUUUUAAAAUCCAAAUCCAGAUGGCACAAACAUCAUCUACAAAUUAGGGAGAUAAUAUAUAGGAAACGUGUUUACCAUGAACUCUGAUAGUAAAUGGGUAAAAUGAAAUCUGCAGCUAUUUUAGUGGCUGUUCUGGAGCCGGUUUUAUCCAUAUAUAGUUGUUACUUUAGAAAUAGAAAGGAACAAUGGAGUACAUUGUACAAAAUGUGGUCUGGAUUGUGUGAAUUGCAUCAAUAUGUUUGGAGACGUGUGAGAAAUGAAGAUUUUGAACUUGUAUCUCUGUCUUUUGUAUUUCAGAAUUAGCUUUGUUCGAAACAUAAACACAUUUGUAUUGAGUGUAAUUUAUAAAGACUUUUUUUUUUUUUUUUUGUGGGACCAAAAAUGUUUGUUUGGUUCUUUCGAAAUCUGUUCCAGUUCCCUAAGCGUUCACGUUUUCUGAGUAUUGUUUGGAGUUAAUGCAAAAAAAAAGAAGUACACUCCUGCCUCAACAUUUCCCUUUCUAAGCCAAGUUCGCCGAGUUCAAGGUCUUGCACAAAAAAAAAGCUGAGUCACUGCUCAAUCUUGGGUGGUCACACAACUUUUAUACGAGUGAAGGGAUUAUGGCCCGUUUUAAUGAGUCGUAUAAUUUGGCUCAGCUCACUGAUAAGAAUCGCCUGUUUUGGAUCAUUGCCAUUUUUUUUAUAAACAGGAAAAAAGUUUGCAAUAUUAUGACUGUUGGUUGAUGUUCUUUCCUUAAAUGUGUGUGAUGUGUUUUCAUGAAAUCUUACUCUACCAACUGCGUAACAAAACAUUACUUUGCACUGUGUUUCACAGAAGCUAUUUAAAUUAUUUAGAAUCAGCUUUAUUGGCCGCGUAUGCUUGUUCAUAUAUUCAUGUUUGUUGCCAGUUUACAAUGAUCCCUACAGUGCUCACCAAAAAAAAAAGAAAAAAACAGUGGACUACUUGACCAUACUUGCACAUAAAA